GCCCCUCGCCGGCCGCAGGGCAGGCCGCAGUGCCCGGUACCGCCACUGCUCACACUGCGCAGCCGCUGCUGGUCGCGCAGCAACGGUCCGCGUCGCCGGCACAGUUUGUGGCGAUGUCGGAGGAGUCGGCGCAGGGCCGGCGGGUCUUCCUCAACCAUCUCGACUCUUACUGCGGCCGCAGCAUCGGCGAGUAUUUAUCCACAUGUGUUGUUGGGGCAUCACUUGAAAGCAUAGAAGAGGAGGAGGAGGAAGAGGAAGAUAAUUCGGCUGCUGAAGUUUCUAAUAGGCCAAAGGAGGGGGUCUACCGAAUAGUGGGUACACUUUCUAAACCAGAGAGUACUAAACCAAGUUUUGCAGAGGAAAGGUAUUUGGUGUCUUCUCGAGAAGAGCUCUUAAGUCACUUGCUUGAGUGUGAGAUUGUUUUGUAUAAUAUCACUGAGGAUGCAAACCAAAUAGAGGAAGCGAUAUGGGCUGCUUCUGCCCUACAUAUGGAAAUAGAGCAUUUUGCAACACAGAAGUUAUUCAUCCUCAUUUCAACAAUAAUGAGCUGGGCAAAAAGCAAACCCCCUGACCCCGAAGAUCCUGCGAUUGCUUUUACUGAUGAAGAUUAUCGCAGGAGAAAAGCUCAUCCGAACUUUACAGAUCAUAUAAAUGCUGAAAAACUCAUUCUCAAACUUGGGAAAACUGUAUGUAAAAAUUGUUUUUAUAAAAAUUGGUUGAUUGGUCUUCUUACAGUGAGCAUUAGCUUAGUAAAGGAAAUUAUCAACAAUUUGAAUAUUUAAGAGUGGUUUAUUCUUUUAUAUGGAUAUGGAUAUCAUCAAUAUCGGUAACAUCAAUUAUUAGUAAAAUACCAAGUGCAGAGAAUACUAUAAUGUAAUUUGAAACAUAAGUGUCUGCAUAAUACAAAUCCCAAAUUCUGUCUUUAUUCUUUAGGUAAUAAGUAAAUCAUGCUAAUUUCAUUUAAAAAAUAUAUUGUCUCAUUGGUUGUAUCAGAGAGAAAGCUGAGGCCUAUUUGGGGAAAGACUUGAGGAUGAAAGAAUGUAGAGGGAAGGGAUAUUAGUGUAGUUUUAAAGGAAAGCAGCAUCUUAAAUAUGAGCAAGUUAUGUUAAUAUUAUGUUUCAUCUGAAUACUUGGAAGAUGUUCUGGCCACACCUAGCAUGUUCUUGGAUAGUUUGUGCUCUUGGAUCAGAAGGCUUAUUGACUUUUAAUCCACCCUAUAAUUCACUUUAAAUUCAUGGCUAUAGAGCUGACUUGGAGUAUCUAGAAUACGUGUUAUUACUUCUUAUGUGUUUUAAAAUCACUUCCUUUAGCUUCAUUUGUUUCAACCAGAUUAGACUCUUAAUCCUGCCAGAGAACAGACCAUGCCUCUCUUUGUAUUUAAGAGCUAUUAUUAAAUACAUAUCUCAGACUGUGGUUCACAACUCAGGAAAAGUGACGCUGUUGCUAUUAGCAAUGGAGUAUCGUGGAGGUUAUGAAAGAAAACUGGAAGACAAUGAAAUGCUUUGUAUGAUGAAGGUGCCAUUUGGUCAUUCUCUUUGUGGGGUAGCAAUCUCCCAAAAUAAAUACAAUUUAGUAUCCAUUGUAGAAAUUUAGCAGGCUACUUAUAGAAGGGCAAAAACCCCUUUGGUCGGGUUUGAUUACGCACUUCUUAUCUUAUGCCCUGCUGAGAAAAUAGCACUAGAAAUUGUAUUUUUAUUCUAACAUGGAUUUAAUAGUACAGAAUGUCGUACAGAAUGUCAGUAAAAUUUGGUAAAUAGUUUUACUGUGCUAACUUGAAGUUUUAAGCCUACAGAAUAACCUUCAUACUUGUAGUAUUAAAAACAUGAAGAUUAUAAACAGCCUCCACCAAACCUCUCAACAACUUCUGCCACCAGUAACACCCAGAUGAACCACUGACUCAGUUUUUAUGAUAAGUCCAAAGCACUGAGUCACUAGUAACAAAGUUAUUAAAGUAAUUAGCUUCUAAAUGUUUGCCAGGCUGGAAUGUCUAUUGAAAAGACGCUGGAACAA